AUGGUCAGCGCAACUAAUUUAACAACUUCAGAAAAAUCAGCGGUACAAGUUGCUCUUCGUAUAAGGCCUCUCACAGAAGAUGAUUUUAUUACCAUACCUACACGAUUUCAAAAGAAUGUCCUGUUCACAUCACAAUUCACGCCUAAUCAAGUUACGGUAACUUGUGAAAGGAAACAAAAUUAUACAUUUGAUUACGUCUUUGGUCCAGAAGCAACCCAAAAAGAAAUAUUUGAUAAAACAGUAAAAGGAAUGGUUGACAAAUUCACGGAAGGUUAUAAUGUUACAAUAUUAGCUUACGGUCAAACAUCUUCUGGAAAAACACAUACAAUGGGUACAAUACAUUGUUCUCAAUCACCAGAUUCGAAAGGUAUAAUUCCACGAUCUAUGGACGCGCUAUUUACCAAAAUAAAUUCAGAAAAGUAUAAAAAAUUCAAAUUCACCAUAAAUGUUUCAUUUGUGGAAGUACAUAACGAAGAUUUAAUUGACUUACUUGCUGAAGAAGGAGAUUAUGAGUGUAAACCCCAAGUUACGAUACGUGAAGACACCAAAGGUUCCAUUAUACUAAGUGGUUUACAAGAAAUUAAUGUAAAUAGUGAAGUUGAAGUUAUGAAUCUUUUGGCUCGUGGUUCUUCAAUCAGGCAUGUCGGUGCGACAGAUAUGAAUUCAAAAUCAUCCAGGUCGCACGCAAUUUUUUCAGUUAUUCUCUCACAACAAAAAUCAACUAAUGAAGGAAAUCUUGUAACGGUGACGAGUAAAUUUCAUUUCGUAGAUCUAGCAGGAAGUGAAAGACUUAAACGAACUUCGGCUUUAGGGGACCGAAUAAAGGAAGGAAUAUGUAUUAAUUCCGGUCUUCUGGCAUUAGGAAAUGUUAUAUCGGCCUUAGGAGAUCCAUCAAUUAAUUCACAUAUUCCAUAUCGAGAUUCAAAAUUAACACGGCUUUUACAAGACUCGUUAGGUGGAAACGCUCAAACUUUAAUGAUAGCAUGUGUGACACCAGCAGAAUAUAAUAUUCAUGAAACCAUUAAUACGCUUAAAUACGCUAACAGAGCUCGUAAUAUUAAAAAUAAUGCAAAAGUUAAUCUGGAAGAAACUGGUUGGAAUGAUAUUGAAAAUUUACAACGUUUAGUCUUGAAACUUCGUACUGAAAUUAAAGCAAUUAAAAGUUCUAAUGAAAUACCAGGAUCAGGAAGAAACACUCCAAUGUCACCAUUGUCUGAAUUCACCUCUUUUUACUCAAAAAAUAAAAAUAAUAAAGAUGUUGAAGAACUUGAGAAACAGUUACAGGAAAUUCAAAAUUCUUAUACAGAACUUUCCGGAAAAUAUUCAAAAGCCUCGGAAGACAUAAAGAACUUUCAGAAAAUAAUUAUUGGCCCUGAUCAAGGUGUAAUUGAUUCAAAAAAAGAUAUGGAUAAAAUUCAAGAAUCAAUUAAUCCUAUUAUAUCAAAGUAUGAGAAAACCAUAGGUGAACUUCAAAAUGAACUUUCAAGUACUCGCAAAGUCAUAAGUGAAACCGAUAAAUUAUUACAUGAACAAGAAAUAAAAUUAUUAGAGGCAGAAGAUCAAGCAAGUCAAAGUAUAAGAUUAAUAAAUGAUUUAAAAAAUAAUAUUCAGAAUUAUAAUAAACGAAAUGAAACUACCAAUGAAUAUAUUAAAGAUCUUGAAAAAAAAUUAAAUUCUCAUGCCGAUGAUCAAAAGAGAGACCAAGAAAUAAUUAAUGAAUUAAAAGAAAGAAUUGCAGAAAUUAGUUCUACUGAAGAGGGAAAAGACCUUUUAAUCCAAAAUAUCGAAAAGCAAGUGAAAAUAAGUGAAGCAAACUAUCUUGCAGUAAAUAAGACUGCACAAAAUUUGGAAAGAGCUUUACAUGAUAUUGCAGAUUCUUAUAUAAAACUUGAGGCCAGAUAUAAAAAACAAAAAACUAAUGAUAAAGAUUAUCAAAAAAUAUUACAAGAAGGACUUAAUGAUCGAGAUGAUAGAAUUUCUCAACUUGAAGAUAAGGUUGAAAGUCUUGUUAAUGAAAUUUCUCGUAUGAAAAAGCUUAAGGAGGAAUCAAAUAAUUAUCCUUUGAAACAGCAGUCGUCUAUAUCAACAUUUUCUUCUGUAAAUGAUCCUGAAACUCCUUCUUCAAUUUUUAGCAUGCAUUCUAAACGCACAACGAUAGAUUAUUCAAGAGUUUCUCUUCUUGAAUCACAAAUUUAUGAACUUAAGAAAAUCCACGAAAACACAAUUUCAGAAUAUCUUGAAAUCAAACAAAAUUAUGAGUAUAGUUUGAAUGAAGUUAGUGACCUACAAGCAAAAAUUCAAAAGAAUAAGGAAUCUAGAGAUUCUUUUUCAUCACAUCGUAAAUCUUUAUCAAUGACAAAUGAAGAUGAUAAUCAGGUACUGAUACAAAAGCUUCAUGCUGACAUUCGUCAAUUAGAAAUGGUUCAUGCUGAAAAGGCUCGAGAAUUAGACUCCGUUAGAAAAGAAUUUGCUCGAUUGCACGCUACCCAAUCUGAUUCUUCGGAAGUUGUUGAAGAGCUUCGCGAAGAAAUAAAAAGAAGAGACGGAAUGGCACAAGUUAAAGUUAUGUCUGUAAUGACUUCCUCAGAAUGUGUUUAUCCUGAAAGAGAAGAUUUUUCUGUAACAAAUAGUGAUAUCGACACGCAAGAGAUUAUAAAUCGAUUAAGAGAAGAAGUCGAACAACUUAAAUGUGAACAAAAAAGACUUUUGGAUACUUUAUCUGAUAAUCAAUAUGGGUACAAAGGUGAUGAAAUCCUGGAAAUAGAAUCUCAAAUUGAUCAGCUUAAAAUCGAAAUGAGUCAAGCGAUUUCUGAAAGAGACAAAUUAAUAACUGAAAAUUCAAGUGAAGAAACAAUUAACUUAUCAUUAUCUCAAAUAAAGGUACAUGAAGAUCAGCUCAUUAAGGCAUUUGAAGCUAGAAGAAAAGCUCGAGUCAAAGAAGCUAUUUCUUCCCUUGGAGAUAAUUAUCCAACAGAAUUUAAUGAUGGAAUGUUAAGACAUCAAAUUAAUAAAUUAGAUAUUGAGAUUGAAUCAAAAAGUCAUACAAUAGCUGCAUUAUUGUAUCCGUCUAUUGAAAAUCAAAAUGUAAUACUUAAACUUGAAGAAGAGCUUUUUGCAACACGAGAAACUUAUCGACUUGCCAUUGCAAUGAAAAAUGGAAUAUUAAAUUCUAAUAACACUCAGAAUGUUCCUAUAUUAAAUUUUGAUGAAAAACAAAUUAAAGAGAUGGAAGAAAAAAUACAGAAUCUUGAAUUUCAACUUAGAAGAGCCCAAAAAACCACAAAAGCUCCUACCCCAAGACGAAAUUCUUUGAUGCUUCUUUUGGAUACUCCAACACAUAAAACUUUGGACGGACUUAAAGAAAAAUUAUCAGGAUUACAAGAUGAACUCAUUUCCAAAUCUGAAUCCGAAGAAAAUUUGCAAACAGAACAAGAAAUUAUUUUCGAGCUUCAAAAUCAAUUGGAAUCUUUAGGAUCGAACAUUCAACAAAAGAAUGAAUUAAUUGAUUUAUUAAAAGAAAAUUUGGAAGAUAAGAAUUUAAUUCAACAAAAAUUAAAAGAGAAAGAAGCUGAAGCAUUAUCAUUUCGUACUAAACUUAUAGAAACUCAUAAUAAAGAAACAGAAUUGCGAGAUACUAUGAACAAACUUCAUUCGUGGAAUAUAAAAUUAGAAAACGAAGGAAAUAUCAAUAAUGUUAUUGGAUCAGAGCUGAAAAGUCUGAAAAAGGAACUUUUAAAAGUAAAAAGUAGAGAAACUGAAACAUUAGAACGGAUUCAUACUCUCAAAUAUUUCGUAGCUUCUAGUGUUGAAGAUACAAAACUUCAAGAACAAAUCGAAAAGUUACGUAAUAUUGAAAUUGUACAACGCGAGAAAAUAAAUGUUUUGGAAAGAAAACUUGCCAAUAAAGGAGAACAUAUCCAAGAAGAUCUAUUGAAAACUAAGAUUGAAUUAGCUCUAUCACAGAAAUCUCAAGAUACUCAAAAAAGUACUAUUCAAAAUCUCGAGAAAAAAUUAAAAGAUGCAGAAGACAAAACCCAAAUAGCGGCCAUUAAGCAAGAGAUUAAUAACUUGAAAGCUAAGGAAUCAGAAAAAUUGCAAACAAUUCAAUUAAUUGAAAAUAAAUUGUAUUUUGAAACUAAAAAUUCACAAAAGGUUAAACAGGUUGAAAAAUUGAAUGAAGAAAUAGAAAAAUUGCACGAAAAUGAACGCGAACAAAAUAAACAAUUGGAUUAUCUUCAGAUCAGACUAGAAUUAGUCAAUGACGAGAAUCUUGACAUAAAUUCUUUAAAAUCACUAAUAAAUGAUUUAAAAAUUUCAGAUUCCAAAUUACAGAAAACAUUACAACAUUUAGAGAAUAAAUAUGCGACAAAAAUUGCUGUUAAAGAACUUUCAACAAUCAAAGGUGGUUUUAAUCUCCAACAGGAUCUAUGUAAUUCUCUAGAAGAGGAAGUGGGAAGUUUACGACGGGAAUUAGCAUCAGCAAAAUAUAACACAAACUCAUCAACGGAAAAAGAUAAAAUUGAUGAAUCCUUGAAUGAUGCCCAGAAAGAAUAUGAUAAUACAUUAAAAUGUAUCAAGACUUUGGAAAAUGAACUUGAGAAGUGUAAGAAUAAUGGAACAAGUGACAAAAAAGUUGAAACAGCUCGAUCUGAAUUAGUCAAAGCAAAACUUGAAAUUGUAAAACAAAAUGAAAUGUUAGUAGAAUGUGAAUCUGAAAUGGGAAAGGUCGAAGAUGAAAGUGUACAACAUGUAAAACGUAUCGCAAAUUUAACGAAUGAACUUGAAAAAAAAGAAAAGAAUCAAAAAGAUGCAAUUAAAAAAUUAGAUUCUACGUUAAAUAGUUUCAAGACAAGGUUAUUAAAUGUCAAUGCUUCCUCAAAGAGCAAUAACAUAAACAUUAAUAAAUUUGAAAAAAUAUUUGAGGUCAUGAAAUCUCAUCUUAAAUUAGCAAAAUCUGCAGAUGAAAGUCGUGUUGGAUUACUUUGCAUAUUGGAAGAUAAUUUAAAAGAACUGACAAAACUUAUAAUAUCAAAUGAACAAGAGAUUACAAAUCAAAAUGCUCAUAUUUUAGAAUUGGAUGAUAUCAUACGACUGAUCGAAUCAGAGCUUAAACAGAAUUCUGAUUCAUUUGCCGGACGUAUAAGACAUUUAGAAGCCAAAUUAAUAGAAGUCAAUUCAAAGUCUCAACAAAAUGAAAUUUCUGCCGACGAAUUAAAGAUCACAAAGGAAGAACUUAAAAAAGUUAAAUCACCCACAAUAGAAUAUAGAAAACAAGUCAAGGAAAUAAAAUCCAAGCUUCGAGAUGCAAAGCAACGUCGUGAUGUUGAACAUUCUAAACUUAAAGAAAUUAACGAUGAAAUUUACAUCCUGAAAGAAGAAUAUGCGCAAAUGCAAAAUGAAAAGGAUGACUUAAAGCAUAAUUCUGUUCUUGAUUGUUAUCAAAACAUUGAAGAUUCUGCUGUACAAGAAUUAAUAAAUCAAAUUAAACAGACAUAUUCAGAGAUCAAAUCGCAAAAAACUCGCGUUACAGAAUUGGAAAAGAUUACACAUUAUUUGGAAACAGAUAAAAUGGUACAAAUUGAGCACCGUGAGGAUCUUGAAGAAGAAUUAGAUCAACUUCAGAAAGAUAUUGAAACAUUGGCGGAUGAAUUUGCAGUUGAAGUGUCCAAAUUUGAGGAAGUAGAUAAAUUAUCUAAAAAACAGAAACGUCGCAUAAAUGAGUUAGAAAUUGCAUUAGAAGAAUCCAAAAAAUUAGAUCUUGAAAUAUUAGCAGGAGAGUCAACAGAUCCUGAAAUCAAUAAACUUUUAAUAACGAAUAAAGAGUUGCAACAGACAAACGAAAAUUUAAAUUCAAAAAUCGUGGAAUCUGAAAAAAGAACUUGCACGCUUUCAGAAAAAGUAGAAAAAUUAGAAAAACAUAUAAUUUAUCAUGAAGAGAAUAGAAAAUCAUUGAUCAAAAGUUUGAAGAUUCAAAUCAAAGAACUUGAAUAUGAGAAAGAACAUUCGUAUGGGAUAAACACGGUUAUCACAGAAGAACGAAUAAUUCUAGAUAAAAGAAUUGCAUUUCUAAGAGAACAGUUGCGAUUGCGAAUGACCGGUUCAGAUGAAAAUCAAACAAAUAUACAAAUUUCCAGAUUAAAUAAUUUAGUUGAAACUCUGAGAAAAGACAUUUCAGACUUUAAAAUAAAUAAUAGUGAUAAAGCUAAAAAUGUGGAACAAGAAAUUACACGAUUAUUAGAAUUUAAUGAUCAAUUGGAAAGAUAUAAAUCACCAAACACAAAACGAGAUUCUAGUAAUUCAAUACGAUCUAUUGUAGCACAAAACGAUGACAUCAUAACCGAACAACAUCAUGUUAUUAACAAUCUUAAAGAGAAACUUUCACAGCUGGAAUUACAAUGUAAUGAUGAAUCAGAUCGUAGUUCAAUAUCAUCCAAUUUAUCAGAUACAAAUAACAAGAAAAAACCUUCGAAAAUUAUGAGUCAAGGGAACUCACCAACAUCACGAACAACGAAAGAAUUUUCAGUAGAAAUUCAAAAUCUUCAAACAAAAAUACCAACGAUUGAAAGUGAAAAUGCAGAAAGUAAACAACAAGUCGAAGCAUUGGAAGCAAGUAUAAAUUAUAGUGAAAUGAAUUUAUCAAUUGCAAAAGAACAAUUAACAAUAUUACAGAAAGAGAAAAAAGAUUUCAUUGAAGAAAUUAAAUAUUUAAAAUCUCAAUUGAAUGAAACACAAACACAAAUUAAAAAUACAAGAACAACGGUUGAAGAAGAGCAGAAGAUUAUGGAAAGUGUUUUAGAAGAGGAAAGAAAAGCAAAAAUGAAAGCAGAAAAAGCCAGAUUAGUGCUAGAGAACCAAAUGGAACAACUUAUUAAUAAGAAGAGACGAUUCAUGUGUUUUUAA